UUCUAUAGAGUCCUGAAGUUUCUCCUUAUGAUGUUCCACUCACUGGACCAGAUGAACAGAGUUAGAAACCACCUCCCCUGGUAGGACACAUCUGCCCCAGCUUGUGCAGUUGAAAACGAGUGGCUGUGUCUUCCUCUGGAGCCCAUGCAAACAAAAUGAUGAAGUCCUCUGUACACUCAGAAGAAGAUGACUUUGUGCCAGAGCUUCAGAGGAGCAUCCAUCCCAGAGAGAGGCCAGACUGGGAGGAGACUCUCAGCGCUAUGGCAAGAGGCGCGGAUAUUCCCGACAUCCCAGGGGAGCUGGCGCUCCGGACCUGCGGCAGCACAGCCAGUAUGAAAGUGAAGAAUGUGAAAAAAUACAUCAACCCGGGACUGAUGGGCUGUGAUGCCUUUCACAGGUUAUCCUUUACAAAGGGUCACUUCCCGAAGAUGGCUGAAUGUGCACAUUUCCAUUAUGAAAACGUGGAUUUCGGCAACAUCCAGCUUUCGCUCCCGGAGGAACAGAAUGAAGUAACAAGAAAUGGCUGUGAAUCCAAGGAACUGGUCUACCUUGUACAGAUCUCUUGCCAGGGGAGGAGCUGGAUCGUGAAGCGCAGUUAUGAAGAUUUCCGAGUCCUGGACAAGCACCUUCACCUGUGUAUUUAUGACCGGCGCUUCUCCCAGCUCUCCGAGCUCCCCCGCUCUGAUGCCCUGAAGGACAACCCAGAGCUUGUCACCCAGAUGCUGAUGGCUUACCUGUCACGUCUCUCCGCCAUCGCAGGCAACAAGAUAAACUGUGGGCCUGCUCUCACAUGGAUGGAGAUUGAUAACAAAGGGAAUCACCUGCUAGUCCACGAGGAAUCGUCCAUUAAUGUUCCUGCUAUUGCUGCUGCCCAUGUUAUUAAGAGAUAUAUUGCUCAAGCAGCAGAUGAGCUGUCCUUUGAGGUGGGAGACAUCGUGUCUGUUAUUGAUAUGCCACCAAAGGAGCUGACCACGUGGUGGAGAGGCAAGCACGGAUUUCAGGUUGGAUUUUUCCCUAGCGAGUGCGUUGAGCUCAUUAACGACAAAGUUCCUCAGUCUGUGACCAACUCUGUGCCAAAACCAGUCUCCCCUGCCCACGGAGCCCGUCCAGCGUCCUGGAGCUACUUCCCCCCUUAUUUGGAGAUGGAUAGUGUAAAGCCAGGCUCUGCGUAUGUUACAGAGGCUCUGAACCACUCCCAGCCGAGCUCAGUGUCAAAAAAGCACGGCAAGCUCAUCACCUUCCUGAGGACAUUCAUGAAGUCGCGCCCAACCAAGCAGAAGCUGAAGCAAAGGGGGAUACUGAAGGAAAGGGUGUUCGGCUGUGACCUGGGGGAGCAUCUUCUCAACUCUGGCCAUGACGUCCCACAGGUCCUCAAGAGCUGCACUGAAUUCAUUGAGAAGCAUGGCAUUGUGGAUGGGAUAUAUCGUCUGUCCGGGAUUGCAUCCAACAUCCAGAAACUGCGGCACGAGUUUGACUCCGAGCAGAUCCCUGACUUGACAAAGGAUAUUUACAUCCAGGACAUCCACUGCGUGGGCUCCCUCUGCAAACUGUACUUCCGGGAGCUCCCGAACCCUCUGCUCACCUACCAGCUCUAUGAGAAGUUCUCAGAUGCUGUUUCUGCUGCUACAGAUGAGGAACGGUUGGUGAAGAUCCACGAUGUCAUCCAGCAGCUGCCCCCUCCCCACUACAGGACACUGGAGUUCCUAAUGAGGCAUUUGGCUCGUCUUGCUGAUUACUGCUCCAUCACAAACAUGCACACCAAGAACUUAGCAAUUGUCUGGGCUCCAAACCUCCUGAGAUCAAAGCAGAUAGAGUCUGCCUGCUUCAGUGGAACCGCUGCCUUCAUGGAGGUGCGCAUCCAGUCAGUGGUUGUGGAAUUCAUCUUGAACCACGUGGAUGUCCUCUUCAGUUCCAAGCUCAGUUCAGUCAUACGGGAUGGAGCAGGGCACAGCUCUUUAUCACGGCCCAAGUCUCUGUUGGUGUCCUCUCCUUCCACCAAGCUGCUCACACUGGAGGAAGCCCAGGCACGGACACAAGCCCAGAUCAACUCUCCCAUCGUGGCCGACAGCAAAUACAUCGAAGUGGGAGAAGGCCCUGCAGCUUUACAGGGGAAAUUCCACACAGUCAUAGACUUCCCAUCUGAAAGGAAGAGGCCUCCCAGCAAGAUGAAGAAGUCUCCAGUUGGCAGCUGGCGUUCCUUCUUCAACCUGGGGAAAUCCUCCUCCGUGUCCAAACGCAAGCUGCAGCGCAAUCCCAGCGAGCCCUCGGAAAUGAAAGCCAUAGCCCUGGCAGGUGGACGAGGAGACAGCGGCACACUUCGCUCAGCUAAGAGUGAAGAAUCACUCACCUCCCUGCAUGCUGUUGAUGGGGAAUCUAAACUCUUUAGGCCCAGAAGACCGAGGUCCAGUAGCGAUGCAUUGUCUGCUUCCUUCAACGGAGAGCUCUUGGGAAACAUGAAUCGCUGCAAUUCUUAUGACAACCUUCCCCACGAUGACAGCGAUGGGGAUGAGGGGCUCAUCCACGUUCCUGCCCUCAUUUCUCCUCGGUCUGCUGAAGAUGUUGACCUGAGCCCACCCGAUAUCGGAGUCGCAAGCCUGGAUUUUGACCCCAUGUCUUUUCAGUGCAGCCCACCCCAAGCAGAGUCGGAGUGCCUGGAUAGCAGUACCUCCCUGCUGGAGUCCGUUGGCAUAAAUAAGGAGAAGCCAAGCCUACUGAAGAAAGAUGUAGAAUCGGGCAGCCAGUCGCAGACACCAGGCAGUGCUACGAGCUCUGAGCCAGUCUCCCCUUUCCACGAGAAGAUGAGUCCCUUCUUCACUCUGGACCUGAGCCCCACGGAAGAGAAGAGCUGCAAACCCCCCACGUUCUCACCCAAGAUGGGCCGGAAACCCAUCGUGUCUCCACCACUGACUACACCAGAACCCGUCUCCUUCGCGCUGCCCAGCCGCAUGCCUGAAGCCACCGGGGCAGUGCCCGUCGCAUCCAGAAACAACUCUGCUUCCAGCUGGAGCAAAGGGAUUGGCAUGACUGAAAUCACAAACAGGUCCCCAACCCAGAUGUCCUUGCCCCUGAAAAACAGUGAAACAGGAGCAGGGGAAGGAGCCCAUCAAGAGCUACAGCACACGCAGCUAGUGGCUGCUGGCAAAGCAGAGUUGCCAGAAGAAGGGGAGAGACCAAUGUCAAGCAGUCAGAAUAAGACUGUACCCACUGGACACACACAGCCAGGAGCAGUUGCCCUCGACUCCCCCCAGGAUCCUGUUCCCGUCAGUUCUGUGUCUCUUAUCCCUCCUCCUCCUCCGAAAAGCGCGGCGCGCAUGCUGGCCCUAGCGUUAGCCGAGUCCGCGCAGCAAGCGUCCGCCCACUCUCAGAAAAGGCCAGGAGAUGCUCAUGCUGAAAGCACAGAUUAUGGAGAGGCUGAAGCUGGCACAGCUCUAGAAAAGCUCCAUCUCUCUGCCGGUGCUCCAGACAAGCUCCACCUCUAUACUGGUCUGCCCGAGAGCCGACUUCACUUCCAGACGGGUGCACCAGUAGAGCAGGACUUCCAAGGUAGCAGCAGCACACCCGGGGAGCAGAACCACCCACCGGGUGCACCGGGAAGCCAGGACCCCCUUCCACCUCUCCACACCCCCGGGGACGUGCCUGGCAGCAGAGAUGCAGAGCAGGAGCAGUCCAGCUUCCAUCCUGGUAAACCGGGGGACCAAGACCACUUCCCCUCCCAUGCAGGGGACUGGGAGCACACCCCCCCCCACCCUCCUGGUGCACUGCCUGACUGGGAGCCACCCGCAGCAGACUUGCCUGUAGAUAAGCCCCAGCUCCGCCCCUGUGGGGCUGGGGACAAGCACCACAUCCCCACCUGCACAGCUGAUGACAAGCUUCAGUCUCCUCCUGUCCUAAGCACCCCGGGCUCCCUGCCCUACUUAGCACCCAUCCAGACAGCAGCAGCCGAGCCUCAGCGGGGACCGGCGGGUGCCACCACGACGCAGGCGGAGGUGGCGGUGCCAGCGCCGCGCACAGCACCGGGCAGCCAGCCCGCCCCGGCACAGCGCCACGAUCCCCAGGCGGCAACGGGACAAGUGCCGGUGGCCUCCACCAAAGCACCCAGUGCUUCCAGUCAGGUAUGGGGCACAGCCGCACCUGAGAAGCCACCGGAGCCCGCGCCUGGCUUUGUCUCAGAAGGCAGUUCCAGCACCCGCUGCUCCUCCUCUUCUGUGCCCACGGCUCACCAGAGCCAUGUGGAAAAGCCUCGGGAGAUGACGAGGGCUCCCCCGCUGCACCUGCGGUCCGAGUCCGUCCCUACUCACUCCUCCUACAGCUUCACACCCCCUGUCCCCCCUGUGAGAACGCUGGAGAGCAAGAUCGCUGCCGCCAUGCACUCCAACAACGCGGACCCCAUCAACAACUCCAACUACCACGCUUUCCUCUCCUCCUCCAUGCUGGCCUCCUCCAUGGAGGAAGCCCUGCUGCCACCACCACCACCGCCCCCUCCUCCCAAGCACGCUUCCCUGCAGACCGUGUACGUGCCGCAUCCCAAGCCAGAGAGCAUCCCCGAGCCCUCUGCUCCAGACAGCUACCUGCACCACAAGGCAGCUUCCGUCCACCAGUACAGGCCCGACAGCGUUCCUCCGCACGUGUACCACAGCAAGCCCGACCAGCACCAAGCCUACCCUCCUCGCUCCGAGACACCCGCGUCCGCGGGCACUCGCUACAACACCUACACCACCCAAGGGAAGAGCACCUCUGCCCUGCACUCCAAGCCUCGCAGGGAGUUUGUGUCCUCCGUGAGCCCAACGGGCCUGCGCAGCACCGGCUAUGCCGAGGAUGCUCCCCCCUACCCCACGAUCCGGAGGGUCCAGUCGCUGCACGUGCCCACCCCUGCUGCCUCCGCUAUCCGCUCGGUUCCCAUUUCACGGACCGAGGUCCCUCCGGAUGAUGAGCCAGUGUACUGCCCGCGGCCCCUCUAUCAGUACAAGCCAUACCAGCCCCACUCCGACUACCACGUAACGCAGCUGCAGCCUUACUUUGAGAACGGGCGGGUGCAUUACCGGUACAGCCCUUACUCCAGUUCUUCUGCAUCCUCUUACUACACCACCGCUGAUGGGAGCUUUUAUGACCUGGAUCCCUACAGCACCGUGCGGGUCCGGCCUUUCCACCCCCUGCCCAGCAGAGACUUUGCUUCCUAUGCCUCACGGCUGCAGAGCAAGGGCCUGUACCGCUACCCCAGCUUGUCAGCCUACCCUCGGGGUGGCCUCAUCGGCCACCUCGCAGGCAAAGAGCACAGCUUCAUCAGCAGAGACGUGCCACCUGCCCCGGACAUCAAGCACAUGUACAUGUCCUGGGACCUGGAGGACAUGGAGAAGUACCGCAUGCAGUCUAUUCGCCGGGAGAGCCGCACGCGGCAGAAGGUGAAAGGGCCGGUGAUGUCCCAGUAUGAUAACGUGGCCCCGCUGCUGCAGGAGGAUCUGGGAGGACUGGAUGUGAUACACUUGCGCAGCAAGUCGGAUCCUGGGAAAACUGGCCUCCUCACCGUGGCAGAAGGGAAGGAGGGGAGGUACCCGGCCAAAGCAGCUACGCCCGAGGGCGAGGAGCGUUACUACAUGCAGCACCCUGAGCCAGAGCUGGACAGAGCCCACUACCACGGGGCCUAUGGGAACGGGCAGUCAGAGAAGCCAUCCCUUCCCCAGAAGCAGAGCAGCAUCCGGAACAGGAAGCUCCACGAGCCAGGCUGCGGCACAAACGAACACAGGACGCACUUGCAGCAGGAAGCGAGCCAUAGGCAGCCUUCUGAACCCAAAAACGGGCCCCCUUAUCCCGACUACCGGCCCAAAGGUGGCCCCGAGCCCUCCGAACCCAUCGGUUACCAGCACGCGGGCAGCAAGUACAUCCCGGGGAGCCAGGAGACCCUGAGACUGAACCACAAGGAGGUGAGGUUGGCAGAGGACAGGCCAGACUUGGAGAGGUCUCGAGGCAGACCCACCACGUCCAUGGAGAAACACUCCAGAGACUGCUAUAAGGAAGAGGAGCACGCUGCCUCCCCCAUGGCACCGCCGCCCAAGCCCGAACGGAGCCACAGCCUCAGAAUGCAGCACCCCGAGCCCAUGGAGAGGGACUCAGCCCUGCUCUACCCGUACCAAACCCUUGGGAAACGCCAAAGCACUAUGACUGUGGUGUCCCAGUAUGAUAAUUUGGAGGAUUACCAUACCAUGCCUCAGCACCAAAGAGGGGGCUAUGUUGGAGGAGGGGGGUUUGUGCCCCCCAGUUUUACCCAUGUGCACAGUAGAACUUACGCCACGGCGCUCGGCCAGGGAGCCUUCCUCCCGACGGAGCUGUGUUUGCAGAGGCCUGAAACAGAGGUCCACGUCGAGUGAGUUGGUGGGGGGGAAGGUGGGAUAGAGUCUAAGCAGCCUCUGCUGGACAGUGGACUGUUUUAUUUUUUCAGUGAUGGAAAAAAAACCCCACAAACACAAACCAAUCCUGCCCCGACGAGCAAAGCAAACCCCCCCCUGCAGCACCCCAGCCCCGCCACUCACUGUUUUUAUGUAGUAGAAAUAGAGCUUUUCCAUGUAGUUUUGAGACAACUGGAAUGGAUAAGGCAGGCUCUUGGCAUGCAGACGUUGCCAGAGAGGCCGGGCAGAGGUGAAAGAGAUGCUGUUGGGGCAAGGAGGGGAGGAGAUGCUUGUCCUUCCCCACCUUUGCCAUUGGCAGUUAGCGCCGCAUCCUCCCCAUGCAUGAGGAACUGUGCAUGCAGCUCUUCUCCCUUCCCACUGCCAGCUUCUCAGCAAGGGGCUCCAUACAGGCCUUGGAAAACCAAUGUUCUGCCCCCCCCCCACAAGGUUGCACAGCAAGAACUGGAUGGGGGGG